CUUCCGUCCACACAAACAUGGAACCGAUUUUUUGUGAUCGGACAACCACGAGCCGAUCGGUCUAUGUCGAAUCCUACUACAGCACCUUGUCUACCUGCCUAAAGGCUUACAUGGCCUCAACCGCUCUUUUUAUUCUUACUCUCCAUGCUUCAGUCCACACUUCGCUAUUCGCUUCUGCGUCCAUCUUUAUUCAGAUCUACCAAGAUUGCAAGACCAUUCAACGCUCGUGUUAUAACCGCAAGAACGCCCUUUUCAGGAACAAAUCGCCUCUCAACCACCCACCCACUCAUAUCAUAUCAGCGAACAGCCAUGAGAACCAUUGUCAGCGCCACAAGCACACCUCUGCCGACAAUCGUCAGUGAGUUUACUCCUGAGGAGCGCUCGUUCGAACUCCGUAAUGGGAUCGUCCUGAGAGCGAGACACUGGAAGACAGGAGACAGUCAGGCACGAGCCAGAGAUUGCCGUCGCUUCAUUGCAUUCCAUGGCUUCCUCGACAAUGCCAGCUCAUUCGAUUUCCUGGCUCCGCUUCUACUCAAGCAAUUAGGGCCUGAACCGGUGGAGAUUGUUGCUCUAGACCUGGCAGGACACGGACUAUCUUCACAUCGUACAUCCGAGGACUAUGCUCUCUGGCGCUAUGCAGAGGAUGCAGACCAGGUUGUGGAGCAAUUGGGCUGGCAGCGGCACGCUAUCAUCGGGCACUCCAUGGGAGGAGCCAUCUCUACCAUAUAUGCAGGCCUUUAUGAGUCCAGGGUAACACUUUGCGUACUGCUCGACAACUUUGGACCAUUGACUCGAGACGUUGAAGAUCAACCCCAGCAUUUAUUGGAGCAUAUCAAGGAAAAACGAGACCUUAUAACCAAACGCUUACCCUUCCAUCCAAAUAUCGAAUCCGCCUGUCGGGCUCGGAGUCAGGGCGGUGCGUACGGUAUCCAGCCUGAGUUUGCAAGGGUGCUGAUGGCCAGAGGACUGAAGCCUGCAGAACGGAUUAUGGAGGAUGGCUCUGUUGCUCAGGGCUGGACUUGGACAACAGACCGACUACUCACCAUCCGAAGUGCUCAGUCGUUGACGGAGGCUUAUUCAGAGGCAUUCAUGAGCCGUAUCUGCUGUCCUGUGCUGGCAGUAUUGGCUGAGGGUGGUUUGUUGGGUUUGACAGAAGUUCAAAACGAACGGGUUAAGUGGAUCCACAAGGCUAAGGUCUCUGUUGAGGGGGUCCCAGGAAACCAUUCUGUCCAUAUGGAGAAUGCGCCCUUGAUUGCAGAGAAGGUCUGCAGAUGGAUCCUGACACAAGACGUUGGCGAAGUUGCCAGACUAUAGUAUUCUUGCACAGUGCCUAUCUCCACCUUUAGCAUGUUCCAUAGACCCAUAGACGCAUGAAAAAAAGUAAAAACACCUUGUCAACCGCCU